AUGUCAUUGACGCUUCCAGCGCCAAUGAAAACACUCACACCUGGCCUCGAGUUUUCAAACAAGCCCUAUGAUGUAUCUGCAUUGGAUCACGUAAAGAUUUAUCAAAGGAAUGCCUUGCGUGUUCGUCAAUACAUUGAGGGAAGGCUGUCUGACUUCUAUGGUCUCGAUGAACUGGUAGAGCUCAGACUCGGUGAUGGGUCGGAGUACACUAGUCCAUCCUUAUACAUUGAGUCCGGACCGUCCUCGGCAAAGUUGCUUAACACGCUACCGGAUGGUCUUCAUCCCAGUGUUGUGGUGACCAUUAUGCCGGAGCACGUUCUAGAUGUGAUCGAAGGCCGCAUGCAUGCUGUACACGCAUUUGGAAAGCGCGCGAAACCACCCUGUCGAGGGAGCUUUCCAUUAUGCUUUGCUCCGGGUGGGCGUCCUAGGCUGAUCUCAAGUGCAGAUGAGCUAGAUAGCAAAGCUCUGCCCAAGCCCACAGAAGACAUUGAGCAAGUCAAGCGCGACCUCAUGAAUUGGGGCUACGCAAUGGUGAAGAAUGCCUUGUCGCCAGAACAAGCCAUGAUUCUCAAAACAGCUGUUGAAGAACAGGCAGCCGGUGAGCGCAUUGCCGGGGUAGCUCAUAUGGACGGCGCGCACGUUCAAGCAGACGAUCAGCCAAAUCAACGCGUGUGGAGUCUUCCAAACAAAGGCGAGGAGUUUCUAGACCUUCUUAAUCACCCAGUGGUCGAUGCUAUUAUGCCCUGGUUCUUGGGUAAUGCUUUCAAGCUGCAUUCCAUGGGUGCUAACAUCGCUCGACCUGCAAAGUCUGGCAUAUAUAUGCACCGGGAUCAGAUGGGACUGACACCCGAGACCAUUGACCACGCCUAUCUCUUGAAUGCCAUGUGGUAUCUGAUCGAUGUUACCGAGGAGAAUGGCGCUACCCGUAUUUACCCCGGGUCUCACAACAAGAAUGUGGCACCUUCGGUAAUCAACAAAGUUUCCAAGGGUACCUCCAUCCCAGCUGCAGCCCCAGUCGGUACAGUUGUGCUAUUAGAUAGCCGUGUAUGGCAUUCAACAGGCGUUAAUACGUCGAACGAAACUCGGCCUAUUAUUUUGCAAGCAUUCUGCCGCUUCUUUCUGCAGCCUAUGGAGAAUUAUCCAAGCAUUAUGAGCGAAGACGUAAAGGAGCAACUAUCCGACCGGCAGUUGGGUCUUUUAGGGUUCCCAAUUCCUGUGAGAGACGGUCAGCGGCCACAGGCAUACACCGCAUACAACCAUCCAGGAGCAACCUUUGCGAAAUCAAGGGCUCCAGUUAACGAGGCCUGGCUUCCUGAAGGCAAGCAUUCUGCGUAA